AUGUACGACAACGCAAUAAGGCAGUACUUGCGUGAUGGCUCAGCAGAGAAGGUUCCUGGAGUGUCAACGGUAGACAAGCGAACGACAGUAUUUUACCUGCCUCAUCAUGCCGUGAUUCGCGAAGAUAGAGUUACAACCAAGUGUCGCAUAGUAUUUGACCCGUCGUCGCAUGGACGCGGAAGCAAAAGUCUAAACGACGCCCUUCAUGCUGGCCCGAAUCUAAACCCCGACAUACUUACCCUGCUGCUUCAGUUUCGUUGUCACGAAAUCGCUAUGACCGCGGAUAUUGAAAAGGCCUUUCUGCAAAUUCGAAUCGCCCCGGACGAUCGCGACGCACUCAGGUUUCUAUGGUUCAAGAAUAUACCCAGACGCGACAACUGCGAGACAGACAUGGAAACUUGGAGGAUGACACGAGUGACCUUUGGCACGAAACCGAGCACAUUUUUACUUGCUGCCACGUUACAGCAUCACUUCAAAGUUAUGGCAGCAGAGUAUCCGCAGAUAUGUGCGAAGAUCAAAGAUUCUAUCUACGUAGAUGACCUGCUGACAGGAGCUGACACAGAAGAAGAAGCCAAGAUUCUAUACGCGGAGGCUAAAACGUUUUUUCAAAGGGGAUCAAUGAACAUUAGAAAAUGGGCAUCAAACAGUGCUAAACUCAGGAAUUUGUUCGAGACAGACCCCGAUGAAGUAUCGCCUUAUACAAAGGACUCAAAGGAGAUCAAGGUUUUGGGAGUCAAGUGGAACACUGAAAAGGAUGUCAUUUCGCUCAAUCACAAAGCACAGGUCAAGCAAACUGAAUGUGUGUCAAAACGACAAGCAUUGCAGUUACUCCAAAGGGUGUUUGAUCCUUUGGGGCUUCUGGUGCCUUACACCAUCACUGCCAAGAUUCUCAUGCAAAACAUAUGGCUGGAGCAAAUCGAAUGGGACAGUGUACUAUCCAGCAAAUUAAAGCAACGAUGGGACGAUUGGUAUGGGCAAAUUGAACAAGCUGCGCUUGUUGAAGUACCGAGAAUGUAUGGCAAAUGGACGGAAACCACACGAGCGGAGCUGCAUGUAUUUGCCGAUGCCAGUCCACGUGCCUAUGGCACAGUGGCAUACGUCGUCCUACACGGCCCGUCGGAAGUUAAAUCGGCCCUCUUCCUGGCGAAGGCAAGGGUGUCACCUCUUAAAGCUAUAACUUUGCCGAGGUUGGAGCUCAUGGCGGCAGUGGUAGCAGCAAGGCUACUCGCAUUCAUAACGAGAAGUCUAGCGGACAUCAAAACCAUCGAUAAUGCCGUACUGUGGACGGAUUCAACCAUCGCCUUGUCAUGGAUAAAGGGCAAUCCUGACAAGUGGAAAGAGUUUGUAAAGACAAGAGUGCUACAAGUACGUGAGCACACAUCAACGAGCCAGUGGCGUCAUUGUCCUGCUGAAGAUAACCCAGCGGACCUUCUCACGCGAGGUAUUUCUGUGCAACAGCUACGCCGGCGCGAACUGUGGUGGAAGGGUCCAAGCUGGAUCACUAAAGAUGAACAAAAAUGGCCAAAGAAGCAAGACGUGACGAGCGUUACCGUAGAAGGUACAGAAGAGAAAGUUGUGUGUAAAGUUGCAUCAGUUGACACACCAUCAAUAGAGCCUAUCACUGAUGCUAAGAAUUACAGUAGCAUAACGAAGUUACACCGAGUGACGGCAUGGGCGAUGCGCUUCGUCUACAACUGCAGCGAAGCAUCGAGGAUGAAAGGUCAGCUAACGGCUGAAGAGAUGUCAGCGGCUGCAAGGUAUUGCAUCAGAACGGUCCAAGCAUCAAGCUUUGCACAUGAUCAAGAAAGGUUAUGUAAGGGCAUGUCCCUGAAGCGAUCGAGCUUGCUGUACCAGUAUUCACCAUACCUAGACGAGAACGGGAUAAUGAGGCUCACCGGCAGGCUUCAGAAAUCAAGAUCGACGUACGAAGAGAAGCACCCGGUCAUCCUACCAAAUGACUCUUACUACACGGAGCUAAUUGUGUGGCAAGCACACAGAACAGUCCUGCACGCAGGGACACACGAUACCUUAAUGGAAGUACGGAAUAAAGUCUGGAUUUCAAGAGGAAGACAGCUCGUAAAACGGGUGCUCCGAACCUGUACGGUAUGCAAGCGUUUCGAAGGAAGGCACGGUUGUGAGGUUACGCCUCCCCUGCCUCAGGACCGUAUCACGGAAGCAAGCCCCUUUUCUAACAUUGGGAUAGAUUUUGCAGGACCGCUGCUAGUAAAAGGACCGGAGAACCCGAUGAAGUCCUAUAUAGCAGUGUUCACAUGCGCCACAACGAGAGCAGUUCAUUUAGAACUGGUAACCAGCAUGAAGACCGACAGCUUCCUGCGUUGCUUCAGAAGGUUUGCUUCGCGAAGAGGUCUGUGCAACACUGUCUACAGCGACAACGCCCCCACGUUCAAACGAAGCAACAGAGAGCUGAAGAAGCUUUGGCACGUCAUCAAGGGCCAAGAAGUCGAAGACUAUCUCGCCUGCAGUGGCAUUAGUUGGAAGUUCAUCCCCGUCGCUGCUCCCUGGUGGGGUGGUUUCUACGAGCGCAUGAUACGAUCCAUCAAGCAAGCGAUCAGGAAAACGAUCGGAAGAAGGUUCCUUGAGUUCGACGAGGUGGCGACUAUACUUACGGAAGUGGAGGCGGUCAUAAAUUCGAGACCACUGACAUAUACUUACAGUGAGUUCAACGAGCCAACCCCUUUGUCACCUUCGUUGUUUCUAACAGGCCGACGGCUGACAGCACUUCCGCCAGUGGAAAACCAAGGCACAGCGCAUCUCACUGAUGUAUGGAAGACCCGACAGGAGAUGUUACGAGAACUAUGGCUUGCCUGGAGAAAAGAGUACCUCGGCGAACUUCGAUCAGCGCAUCUGACAUCAUCCCGACGUGGGAAAGAGUUCGAGGUUGGCGAGAUAGUACUGGUGGGCAGCAAGAAGCCUCGACUGCUAUGGAAGAUGGGGCAAGUAGAGGCCAUAAACCGAGGAAACGAUGGCGGCGUUAGAUCCUGCACAGUCAGGACUACAAAGGGCGUCAUCAAAGGAAUAGCAACGAGGAACCUAUACCACUUGGAAGCACCGAGCAAGGUCGACAACUGA